AAUUUUUUGCAUUGUGUCCAAUUCGAGCUGGACUGGACAAUUCUGAUGGCUGCGUGUUGGCGGAUCACUCGAGCUGAAGCUGCUGCUGCUGCUGGGCGAUGCAUUGCCGCCGAGCGAUCGUCACUCACCGCGACCGGAAUCUCACGUCGCCCAGUCUCGUCUGCUGCUGUCUCGAGUGCAGCUUCCAUGCACGGUCGCGCGUGGUACAGAUCGGUCAUCACCGGGACUGCAACAUGUGCGCCGAGCAGCAGAGCCAAUGCAACGCUGCCUCGCUCUGCGCCACUCUGCCCGGGAUUGCCGCACAAGACACUGGCCAGUGCAAUGCAACAACACCGUGGGAGCGUGCUGGAUGGCGGACGCGCGAGCUCGAGACUGUUUGAUCCGCUGCUGGGCGCUCACGCUCGCUCGCUCCAUACAACCAGGCCAGUGCUGGCAUCGGAGCCAACGAGUUCAACCGAACAGGCAAAGGGUGAAAUCAAGUCCAAGCUCACUCCUGCAAUCCGAAGCUACCUGUCCAACGUGACUCGCGAUUACCAAGCUCUGACACAGCAGAUGACGUCCAUCUCGCCGUCAGCCACCAAAGAAAUCAAUGUCUUGAAAGGUCAAAUCGCCGCCCUCAAUCCAUUGGUGGAUGCAUUGCAGCGUAUGACUGCGAAGCGAAAGGACAUUGAUGAUCUAGACGCAAUGGUCGAGGCUUCUCGCAACGAGAACGACGUGGAGAUGCGGAAAAUGGCACAAAGUGAAUGGACGGAUGCAGUUGAGCAGUUGUACGAACUCGAACAGGAGCUGCUGAACGUGCUUGUCCCCAAGAAUGAAGUGGAUGAUCGCAAUGCGAUUUUGGAAGUUCGCGCAGGAACUGGUGGUCUCGAAGCAUCGCUAUUUUCUAGCGACAUGUUUACCAUGUAUCAAAACUAUGCAGAAAUCCGGGGAUGGAAGUUUGAAGUGAUUGAUAUUUCUCGGUCGGACGUUGGCGGAUUUAAGGAAGCAUCGGCGACCAUUUCAGGCUACGGGGUCUUUGGCCAUCUCAAAUUCGAAAGUGGCGUGCACCGAGUUCAGCGGGUUCCACAAACCGAAAGCCAAGGACGUGUGCAUACAAGUACCGUGACCGUGGCGCUGCUUCCGGAAGCGCAAGACGUGGAUAUUGAGCUGAACGAGAGGGAUUUGCGCAUUGAAACCAUGCGCGCCAGUGGGGCAGGUGGUCAGCACGUGAACAAGACGGAAAGUGCCAUUCGCGUGACGCACAUCCCGUCUGGUAUUGCCGUUCAUGUUCAAGAAGACCGUAGUCAGCACAAGAAUCGUGCCAAAGCGUACUCUGUUCUACGAGCACGGCUGUACGAGAUCCAGCGAGAGAAAUUGGCCCAAGAACGCGCCGCUCAUCGCGCGGAGCAAGUCGGUACUGGAUCCCGUUCGGAGCGAAUUCGCACGUACAAUUUCCCGCAAGACCGAGUGACAGACCACCGUGUCAACGUGACUCUGCACGGCGUUCCCGAAUUUCUGCUUGGCGAAGGUCUGGACGAAAUUAUUGCAUCGUUGCGCACCCACGAGCACGCCGAGGAGCUUGCGCACUUGCUGAACAGCUCGGACAAGGCAGCGAGCAAUAGUGCCAAGACAAAGUGAGCGUUUUUUUUCUGGUGCGUUUCCGAGAAUACACCUUUUCCCCUCAACC